AUGCGUGCAAUACAGAUUGAAAACGGUCAACUCACCUGGUCUACCGCGCCGGAUGUGGUCUGCGGUGUGGGUGAGGUGCAGAUACAGGUGCAUGCAUCGGCUGUGAAUCGCGCAGACCUGUUACAGGCCACCGGGGGGUAUCCGCCGCCGCCGGGUGCAAGUCCCAUACUUGGGCUUGAAUGUGCGGGUGUUGUGAUGGCUGUUGGCGAAGGCGUACAGCGUGUAUCGGCAGGUGAUCGGGUCUGCGCGCUGCUGGCUGGCGGCGGUUACGCCGAACAGGUGGUUGUACCCGCCGGCCAGGUGCUGCCUGUGCCGGCUGGUUUGUCAUUCAAUGAAGCGGCCGCAUUGCCGGAAGUUUUUGCCACCGCCUAUCUGAAUCUUUAUAUGGAAGCAGGCCUUAAAUCCCAGGAAAAAGUCAUUCUGCAUGCGGGUGCCAGUGGUGUGGGGACCGCAGCAAUCCAGUUGCUGGCGUGCAGUCAGAACCCCUGUUUUGUCACCGCAGGCUCUGCGGAGAAAAUAGAGCAGUGCACGGCGCUGGGUGCCGAGGCGGGUUUUGAUCGACACCAGGGUUCCUUCCUGGAAGCUGCACAGCAGUGGGCGGGUACAGCAGGGGUUGACGUGAUCCUUGAUCCCGUUGGCGCCCAAUAUCUGGCAGAUAACUUAACGGUUUUAGGCUCGGGUGGACGCCUGGUGCUGAUCGGUCUCAUGGGGGGCAUGCAGGCAGAAACAAAUCUUGCGCUGAUGAUGAUGAAACGACUGCGCAUUAUUGGUUCAACUUUACGCGCACGGCCGAUUCCUGAGAAAGCGGCGAUUAUGGAUCAGCUGCUCAAAAACGUCUGGCCGGACAUAGAAAAAGGGCGCAUCAAACCGAUUAUUGAGACGGUGAUACCUCUGCAUGAGGCGCAAAAAGCCCAUGAACUGGUGGCUGCCAAUAAUACUGUUGGCAAGAUAGGGUUCAAGUGCAUGAAAUCUCAAGGCUUUACACUCGUUGAAUUGCUGGUCGCAUUAGCGAUCUUUGCGAUCAUCUCAGCGCUGGCUAUUCCUCAAUACACCGCAUUCACCGAGCGUGGUUUUCGCACAGAGGUCACCUCAGACCUGCUUAAUUGUGCCCAGGCGAUGGAGCGAUUUAACGCCACAGAGUUUACUUACGUGGGUACGAAUCCUGGGGGUGACGACACAGCGCUGGAUGCAGGAAUCUGCACCCCUCUGAGCGCACCCUCCGGUCGAUACGCCAUAACAGCGGUCACAACAGCGGAUACGUUUGUCCUUACAGCUACGCCGGGUGGAUCAAUAGCAGGCACCGGCGUGAUAACCCUUGAUCAGAUCGGUAACCGCACAUGGGAUGAGAAUAACGAUGGCGCAAUUUCCGGCACCGAAGCCGAUUGGAAUGAAGGCUUCACCAUCAUCGAAUUGCUGGUGGCGCUGACCAUCGCGGCAGUAAUGAUGGCGUUUGCAUUGCCUGCGUUUAACGAUUUUACCGUUCAACGACAGAUGACCGCUAAUGUGAACCAGUUUAUCUCAGCGAUCAGCUACGCACGCAGCGAAGCGACUCGCCUCGGCGGAGAUGUCAGCCUGCAGAGUGUUGAUGCGGCUGAUAACGCCAAUGAAUGGGGUCCCGGUUUCUGCGUCACUGCCGGCGAUCCGGGCAAUUGUGACGCGCCGCUGCGCGUUUUUGCGCUGGAAGGAACGGUCACCCUUAAUGCGCAGGGUGUUGACUUAAACAACGAGCCCACCAUGACGUUCAAUUCCCGCGGUUUGUUGCAGGAUGAAUUAGCCGGCACCUUAGAGUUGUGUGGUGCUGAUGCGGAUGAUGCAAGGACAGCGGCUGGUUUUUCCUUGGUUGAACUGUUAGUUGCCGUCCUGAUUAUGGGCGUGGGCGUAUUGGGCGUUACUGGCCUGCAGAUGGUCAGCCUGCAGAAUAAUCGCGAUGCCCUGCUGCGCAGCGAGGCGUUGCAGUCAGCUUACGACAUCAUGGAUCGGAUGCGUGUGAACGCCGCCGGUAACUAUGAUGGCGUAGAUUACGGUGAUGCGCCGGCCGCACCGACAAAUUGUUUCACCAGUACCUGUACAACUGCACAGAUGGCGGCUUUUGAUAUUGCGGUCUGGCAAUGUGGUCUGGGGCUAUACAACGCCGAAGCCGAGUGUGUGACCCUGCGGGAUGGCGAAAUUCUGCCGGUUGUCGCAGACCAACCAGGGCUGCCCGAUGGUGAGGGAUCAAUUGAUAUAGACGCCGGUAUGACAACUGUGACGAUUCGUUGGACCAGCUUCGACGGUACCCAGGAAGAAAUCACCGUGGAGAGCCAGCAAUGUCUGGUGAUUAUUGCUGGCAUCGUGCAACUCUUUGUGGGCAACUCGCGUACCUAUGAAAUUGUCACCGCACAAUCCAGAUUGCAGGAAAACGCCCGUUAUUCGUUUGAUUUCAUCACUCAGGCGGCCCGUGAUGCCGGUUAUUUUGGUUGUGCGCCGGAAGAUGAUUUUGUCAUCAACGGGCUGGUUGGUAACUGGAAUCAGAUUCCCGAGUAUGAUUUAAGCCGGCCGCUGGAUGGCUUUGACGCCAAUGGCGACGGCACCUAUACGCCAACAGAUCUACUGACGUUGCCGCGAACUGAAGGCGCAACAAACCUCAACGUACACAUUGCGGGUAACGGUAUUGAUGGCACAACCCUCACACCAGCAGCAGAUGUUGUCAUAUUCCGUAGCGUAGAACAGCCGGUGGCGCGCUUGAAUGCAGUACUGCAGUCUGAUGCAGAGCCUGAAGUGUUCACUCCGGGCGGCGAACCCGAAUUUGCCGUUAACGAUGUUGUGGUUGUGUCUGACUGUGAGCAGGCCGCCAUGUUCAACGUCACCGGCGUUUCGGUGACUGGCGAUGUGACCACCUUGAGCCGUGCUGACGGCACAGGUUUUUUCAAUAACACCACCAGCGUGACCACCCUGGGCGGGGAUACGCUACCGGCAGCCAGUCCACCGCCGCUAUCUGUAUUAGGUCGAUCGUACGGUGGUGCAACAACCGUUGGUCGUGUGCAGACAACCAUCUUUUUUAUUGCGCCCAGCGCGAUCGCAAAUGAAGCAGGCGACAAUAUUAACGCGUUAUGGCGCAAGGUUGGCUCUGCCGCUCCGGUUGAACUGGUGCAGGGCGUUGAAGACAUGCAGGUUUUUUACGGUGUUGAUACCACUAAUGAUGGCAACCCUAACGUGAACCGAUAUCUCACCAUCGAUAACGUGGCAGACAUCAAUUCGGUGGUUGCGGUUCGGGUUCGACUCGAUAUUACAAGUCCGGAUGCGAUCCUGCGACAGGACGGUACACGUGAUCGACUGCGACGCACGUUCAGCAAAACCAUCAGUAUUCGAAAUGCGGGGGUUUAA